CCCCUCUGGGCGUGUCCCGGGCGGCCCCGCCCCUUCCCGCUCGGUGCCGCCCCCGUUCCCCCCCGGUGCCCCCGGUGCCGUUCGCCAUGAGCCGCCUCGGGCCGCCGCUGCUGCUGCUGCUGCUGGGGGCGCUGGGCCCGCCCCGGGCCGGGGGCCAGGAGCCGCCGCCGAGCCCCCCGCCCCCCGCCCGGCACAACGCCAGCAGGCCGGUGUGGCCGGUGUUCCCGUGCGGGGGGGACCACCACGGCGAGUCGGGGUUCAUCGCCAGCGAGGGCUUCCCGCGGCACUACCCCCCCGGCAGCAACUGCACCUGGACCAUCACGGUGCCCGAGGGCCAGGUGGUGACCCCAGAGUGUCCCCAGAGUGUCCCCCAGGUCCUAGUGGUGACCCAAUGUCCCAAUGUCCCCCGUGUCCCCCAGGUGCCCGAGGGCCAGGCGGUGACCCCAGAGUGUCCCCAAGGCUUCUCGGCCUCCUACACGCUGCGGACGGGGGCGGCGCGGCCGCGACCCCCGCCAAAACCCCGCGGGGCCCCCGGGGGGAAGGAGCCCCCCGCCCCCCGGGCCGAGCCCCCCACGGCCGCCCCCUGCCCGCAGCGCUGCCGCCGCGCCGGGACCCUGCAGAGCAACUUCUGCGGCAGCGACUUCGUGCUGGCCGGCACGGUGCGGGCGCUGUCGCGGGCCCCGGAGCCGGGCUGGGCCGCGCUCUCCGUGCUCGGCCUGCACAAGUGGGGGGCUCGGGGGGUCCCCCCGCCCGCCGCGGGCUCCUCGCUGCGGCUGCAGCUGCCCUGCCGCUCCUGCCCGGCGCUCAGGAAAGGCUCCAGCUACCUCCUGAUGGGGCGGCUGGCGCCCGACGGGGCGGCCCUGCUGCCGCCCGACGCCUUCGCGGCGCCCUACCGGCCCCAGCAGCACCCGCAGCUGCUGGGGAACCUCGGCAAGCGGCCGUGCCGCGGGACCCCCUGAGACCCCCGGGGCGACCCCCGGGGAGACCCCCGCCCGCCAAUAAACGGUGCACA